GUAGAGCGCCGGGCGAACAAGAGACAGUCGCCACCUGGCAGCAUGUAAACAAAACCUGGCACCCUGCUCCGCGUCGCCACAACAAACGGGUCGACAAGCAGUCCUGCCAGGUUUGCCACGACAAUGUCCGACCGAAGCACACAAAUGAAAAACUCCAUCAACCAGAAACUGGUGGAGACUGGAGAGAAGGAAAGGCUGAAGGAUAUGCUGCGGCAGCGGCUGACGGAGUGUGGCUGGAGGGACGAGCUCAAGGAACAUGCUAAAGAGAUUGUACGAGAGCGAGGAUUACAGAAAGUGACUGUUGAUGAUUUAGUAAAGGAAAUCACACCUCAAGGCAGACGUAAGAGCAAUUGUAUUUGGUUAUUCUCUAAAGUACAACUUGCCAUGUGCUCUUGACAAGGAUCAUGGACC